CUGUGUUGUGACGUCUCGGCGUCAUACGCCCCGACGUCGACAGUGCCGUUUUCAUUUUCAGCACGGUUCUAUGUAAUCUGUGAGAUUGUGUGCUUUUCGUUCGGUUUAUACGGGCUUCGUUUCGUUUUUUUAAAACAGGACUGAACAGUUGCCUUAAAGGCAAAGUGUGAGCACUUUGUGAUCCUUUCUCCAACGCCUUAAGUCCGGAUGCGGUGAUAAGAGCUGCCUGCGGCCUGUCAGAGCGGAGUUGAGCCGCGGCCUUGAGUUAUGUCCAGUGGUCGGCAGCAGCAGCUCGGCCCGGCAGCGGGCUCUGGGCCCGGGACUAGCAGCGGCAGCAUUGUUAACAUCAACAGUGGUAGCGGUGCUGGCGCAAGUAAUGGGAGCAGUUCAGCCGCUGGGGGGUCCUCACGAGGGGACGGCUUGCAGGCUGCUUCUCUGGUGGUUCCUUCCAGAAGCGCAGCGGCAUCCUUGGGCAGAGCCGGUUCCUCUUCGGGAAACAGCGGUCGAAAGCGGCCUCUCCAGACACCGCUGUGCAACGGCCUGAUCAACUCCUACGAGGAUAAAAGCAACGACUUCGUGUGCCCCAUCUGUUUUGAAAUGAUUGAAGAGGCUCAUAUGACAAAAUGCGGACACAGUUUCUGUAACAAGUGCAUUCGACAGAGUCUUGAAGAUAGCAACAGAUGUCCGAAGUGUAACUACAUCAUUGACAAUGUGGAUCAGUUAUAUCCAAACUUUUUGGUGAAUGAACUUAUUCUCAAACAGAAGCAGAGGUCUGAAGAAAAACGUCUUAAACUGGAUCAUCCAAAUGGCCACAGGUGGCAGGUUUUCCAGGAUGUUUUGGGCACAGACCAGGAGAAUUUAGAUCUUGCAAAUGUCAACUUUAUGUUGGAGCUUCUUAUUCAGAAAAAGAAACAGCUUGAAGCGGAAUCACAAGCAGCUCAGCUCCAAAUCUUAUUGGAGUUUCUUAAAGAAGCAAGACGGAAUAAAAGAGAGCAACUGGAGCAGUUGCAGAAAGAGCUGAACUUUUUGGAGGAAGACAUCAAAAGGGUAGAGGAAAUGAGUGGCUUGUACUCCCCAGUGGGUGAUGCUGAGCCGAACUUGGACAGCACUGUUCCUCAGUGUGAAGUUCAUUCCCCUGCAAACGGCAGUUUUAUGGAUUCAACAGAAUACAACCAACCUCCAGGCUUUGGUGGCAGCUGCCAGGGGACGAGACAGACGUGGUACAAUAGCACACUGGCCUCACGGAGAAAAAGGCUGACCGCUCACUUUGAUGACCUGGAGCACUGUUACUUCUCCAACAGAAUGUCUCGGCUUACAGAGGAUAACAGGGCUGUAAACCAGCUGGAUGAUUUCAUGGAAUGUCUUUCCAAAUUCACACGCUACAACUCUGUACGGCCACUGGCUACACUCUCCUAUGCGAGUGAUCUCUACAAUGGCUCCAGUAUUGUGUCCAGUAUUGAGUUUGACCGUGACUGUGAUUACUUUGCUAUUGCGGGCGUUACCAAGAAAAUUAAAGUUUUUGAGUAUGGGACUGUGAUCCAGGAUGCAGUGGACAUUCAUUACCCUGUCAAUGAGAUGACUUGCAACUCAAAAAUAAGCUGUAUCAGCUGGAGUAGCUAUCAUAAGAAUUUGCUGGCCAGCAGUGACUAUGAGGGGACUGUUAUUCUCUGGGAUGGUUUCACAGGACAGCGGUCAAAGGUCUAUCAGGAGCAUGAGAAACGGUGUUGGAGUGUGGAUUUCAACCUCAUGGAUCCUAAGCUCUUGGCAUCUGGCUCUGAUGAUGCAAAAGUGAAGCUGUGGUCUACCAACCUGGACAACUCGGUUGCCAGCAUUGAGGCCAAAGCAAAUGUGUGCUGUGUUAAGUUCAGCCCAUCGUCAAGGUAUCAUCUCGCCUUUGGAUGUGCAGAUCACUGUGUCCACUAUUAUGAUCUUCGCAAUACUAAACAGCCCAUCAUGGUGUUCAAGGGCCACAGAAAAGCUGUCUCCUAUGCCAAAUUCGUUAAUGGCGAGGAGAUAGUAUCAGCCUCGACUGACAGCCAGCUCAAGCUAUGGAAUGUAAACAAGCCUCACUGUUUACGCUCCUUCAAAGGUCACAUCAAUGAGAAGAACUUUGUUGGCCUGGCCUCUAAUGGAGACUACGUGGCAUGUGGAAGUGAAAACAACUCCCUGUAUCUUUAUUACAAGGGGCUCUCCAAGACAUUGCUAACAUUCAAGUUUGAUACUGUAAAGAGUGUGUUAGAUAAAGACAAGAAAGAAGAUGACACCAAUGAGUUUGUCAGUGCAGUGUGCUGGAGAGCACUGCCUGAUGGGGAGUCCAAUGUUCUGAUUGCAGCAAACAGUCAAGGAACCAUAAAGGUACUCGAACUUGUAUGAGGAUUCACUAGAAUUCAAGGCCUUUCACAACCGCAUUCCGUUCCUUGAACCUUUUUGGUUUGGAUUUUGUGGGAGAAAAUAUUCAACUGUAUGAGCAGCAUAUAACUUGCGUCCUGUGUAAAGGCUCCUUAAGAGGAUUCCUUUGGAAUUUUAUGAACGUGUAAUGGAAAACCAUAUAUUAUUUAUGUGGGGGAAACUCAACUUCCUGCUUUUGAAAUCCUCAUUUUGAAUCAUAUUUGCAGUUUACUCUUGAAUACCAUUGUUUUGAGGAACUGAGGAUGUUUACUCUUCCUUAGAAAAAUCAAGGGAGUUUUUAAAAUGUUCAUACUUUCUCUUGUUCUUCAAUAAAGAAGUUGGUAGGAACAGUUCAAUAUUCAUGUGCAUUUUCGAACAAGGCCAAAGCACAACACUAAAGAAAAUCGCAUUAUAGAUAUCACCAAAUCCUAAGAUGCUUUUUGAGCCAAUUCUGUCUUAAAGGUUUGUUGUUUGACCCCAGGUAAAGUGCUGUCAGGAUACAUUAUCAAAAGCAAACUUUAUUUUUGCAAAUGGAAUUACUGGAAAUGUUUGGACAUAUUGUAAUUAAGCUUUUUCUACAGCUAUCACACUUUUAAAACAUGGCUGCUUUUUGUUUGUGAUGUUCCUGCUUAGGUUUAUUUAUUUUGGUAAUUUAUAUCAGACUUGACUGUUCAUGAUCUGUCUCUUGCUUUUCAGAUUGCCAUACAAUUGCUGCUCUUUAUAGGACAGAACAUUUUAUGUUUAGCCUGUAUUUCUUUGAAAGUCCGUUUUUCAGUAAAUGCGAUCAUUAUCAUUUUUAGCCUCCAGUUGCUGCAGUAUGUUUUGAAUACAUAUUCAGAUGUUUGUAGUAUGAAUUAUUUGUGUUUAUUUGCGUUCAUAAACGUUAACACUGCUUCUUAAAUAAAUGAACAUCUUUCCAUCA